UUUAGUUUAGCCAUAGUGGUUAGCUGUCGGAGGCUGAUGAAGACAAUUAGUUUAUUUUUUUCUUCUGGACGACUAACAAACUUGUCUGCACACUCAAAUAAACUGUUAUUGUAAUUGUUGUCGAGGAAUAUCACCUUAUUGUAUAAAACAAAUAUGAGACUAUAGCGAUGUAAGCGGUGCAAUAACCAUUUCUGUCUGUACUGAAUGUUUGAAGUGGAACCAAUGAAGAGUUUUAUUUAUUAAUAGUGAUAGCUUUAUGCCUUUAACUUUAUUCUCUACAGGAAGUGCAGAUAUAUGUUUAGGAUGUAAGUGACAGAGCGCGAGGUGUCUUUAUUUUGAAGUAGGACGUUCACAAUCAUUUUGAAAGCAGGUUUUGUUUUUGUUGGUUUGAGCAUAUUUGGUGCUUUUAUUUUGGAGGUAUUGUCCGGAAGUGUAGCCGUGGUUGAGGUCCGGCUGCUGUAAGCUAGCUGAAAGCGAAAAGCCGCUGCACGGAAACUUCUACUGAAUUUAGUUUUUCCAGACUUUUGUGUGAAAUGGCAGCCCAGAUGAAAGAUAAAGACGCUUACCAAAGACUGAACUAUCUUUACCAGGCUGCACACUGUGUUUUAUCACAAAACCCGGAAAAUGUGGAGCUGGCUCGUUUCUACUGCUUCACACAGAAGACCAUCGCGAGACGUUUAGUUCUCAGACAAGACCCGUCAGUAAAGAGAACAUUAUGCAAGAAGUGCUGCUCGUUGCUCGUCCCGGGUGUCACUGCUUCAACAAGACAACGAAGAAAAAACAGGAAGGCCCGCUUCACUGUCGUGAGGUGCCUCAGCUGUGAGCAGAGCAAGACGCUGCUGAAUGACCCGGACCAUUGUUUGUGGGUCGACCGUCCAGAGGCGCAGCAGAAGCAGCCAGGUCCAGGCCCUUCUACUAAAAAACAACAACCAAAAGACAAAAAACCUGCCGAGUCAGCGUCUUCUAAACCCAGAGCUGCUCAGAGCAGCGGCAGCACGUAGCAGCAGUCCUCUGACCGGGAAAUAUGAAGAACUGGUAUUUCUUUUCUUUUUGUGAAGAAAUGUGUAACUGUGUUAUGUUAUCCACAACCUCUAAUGCAUUCUUGGCCUCUGUGAGAUCAUCUUCAGUAUCUUUGUGCAGUGUGUACUUGAGUUGUUCAGUAUCAGUAAUAACUCUAAUAAUGUCUAGAAUGCUGAAUAUGGUAUCGAGUCUAUGCACCGACGUGAUGAUAUGUUAUUAUAUAGUUUAUAAGCUCCUUCACGCUACACGGGAACAACAAAAACAAGCGUCACUCUCUACCUGAUCCAAACAUCCUGCCUGAACACUACUGCACAUGUGCAAACUAGUCCCACACACCUGUAAUUAAACACUCGUGCACUGGACUUUCUCCCUGGUGAUAAAGUUUCAUUUUGAACAACAAAUCUGUUGAAAUCAGCAGGAGAGCUAGUUAACGUUAGCGGUUAGCACAGUCCUCCUCCGCUAAAUACAGGAGCUAAUGUGAGCAGAGGUUCCAUUGAGUUACAUUACGAUGCAUUCAAGAUCCAUUCAGUAAAAAUGAGUAUUGGGCGAAUGUAAAUUAUAGUUACCAAGAUGUUUUCAAAUGUAAAAGUUUUUGGCGUGAAACGUAAAUGAAAACAGUUUGAUGGAGAUGUUUUCACAGCAAUAUAAAAUGGUUAUUAGAGAGGGAAAUAUGAUCUUGUAAACUUAUUUUUUUAAACGCACUGGUAUCAGAAUGGUGCUCGGUGUCGGCCGAAAAACAAGUUCAGGUAAAGGAAUGGAGAAGGAUGAAAUAGUUUCAGAACUUCUCUGUUUGUCACAGUGUGAUGCUGCCAGCAGAUGGCCACCAUGUGGUGUGCUACACAUUUAAAGUGCUGUUUUUGUUCCUAAAAGUAGAACUUCAUCGAUGGUAAUGAUUUUAUUGAAAAUGAUUGACAAGGAUAUUUAACAUUUUCUGUACAGUAAAAAUCUCUUGACCAUUCGUUGUCAGCUACUUUUCCUUAAAGGCUGAUUUGAAAAGUAAUAAAAAAAAGGUUGCAGUUUCUUUCACAGUUUCUUCUUCUCUGCUUUGUCGGCCUUCUUCACUCGGAAACGUGUCUUCUGAAAGUACAGAAGGUUCUUGGCAAAGAUCCUCGGGAUGUGGCCCGUGUACAUGAGGAGAGCCAGAAUCAUGCCUAGGAAACAGACGUUCACUGUAAACGGUGCGUUCGCUUCUUAAAGAGCGGACGCGUGUAUAUAUUUCACUUUAAUGUAAUUCACCUGUGAGAGAGCCCAGCCAGUAGACCACCGCGUACUGUGAGAAGGUGAAUCCAGGACACUGGAAGGUGAGGCCGUAAGAUAAGGAGGGACUCAUGUAAGCUGAGGUGUAGCCUUUGGCUGCAAAAAGAAAAAUAAUUGACAAAUACAGUUAAUGUUAGCCACUGUUUACUACACAGAUUAAAGAUGCUAUUAAAAGAGGAUUCCACUGAGUCUUACCUAUAUGGGACAGGAAGGUGAGGAAAACCGCGAUCAGAGGCACGCGGAUCAGAGCAGACCUGCGUCUCAGGUUCAGAAGGAC